AUGAAGUUUACUACGGCAAAUUCUAACGUAAAUGAGGGCCCAGAAGAGGCUCUAAGGGGGGGGUAUUGGAGGGCCUUAAUGACCGAAUCUAUUGAAGGUUUAAUUGAAAUAGCUCAACAAGCUGAGCUGGAAACGACUCUUAUUAGCGAUCAGGUCCAUAAUUUAGCCUUAUCUAAUGCCAUUAGAAUUGCUUUGCAGCGCGAGGACUACAGUACGUGUGCUGAGAUAUUAGAGAUGGUUGAUGAAAAUGAGUUACAGGAGGCACGUUUGGAGUACUUAGAACAGACUCAGCAGAGUUUACCUGCUAUCUUUUUGAUCAAUCAGAUACUGCAGAAUGAACCACAACUACUCUUGCUUAGAAAACGAGCCCAAUUAAGAGCAGGACACGGUUUGGUCUUAGAAGAACCGGAAGAGGAUGUUAAAGUAGAGAGAUUAGAGGAUGAUUUGUACGUAGUCUUCUGGGAGCUUUUCCAAUGGAUUAGAGCUAAGAAGAUUGGGCGGGUGGCGGCUGUGAGUCUAGUAGGUCGGGAAAGAAGCGAGCCGGCCUGGACAGCAACGGUAGUGGGAUGGGCCAAGCAGGAAAAGUUGCCCAUGAACUAUUCUGAGCCUAAGAUAAGAAUUGUUACUGAUACGCGCAGUGAACUAUCCCCAUCAGCUUACCAUAAUUCAAAACAAGUAAAUUAUGAUAGUUCAGGCGGUUUAGACGCGGGUUUAGAUAAAGUUACUCUGCCGACUAUGGAAUGUGCUGUGAAAGUACUGGAUCGGUUUUCAAGUAUUUGGCAAGGGGAUCUUUUCUACUUGGCCGAGGAGUACUCGUUUUAUAUGGCUUACUUGGUUAUUUUAGAUUAUGUUGCUCCGAAUAUGCUGACUAGUCGGAUUGUUGAGUUUGUUUAUCGGCACUUAUGGCUGAGUAAAGUAUUGGGUGGGUGCAAUGAAUACUCGCACUUGGAAAUCAAUGAUUGUCUUGAUCGUGUGGUAAGGAAGCUUUCUAUGUGGGCUUGGCAAUCAGGACGAACUACUGCUGAGAUUUUGCAUAAGGUCCGAGUGCCUCCUCCGAAUCGGCCGCACAGUACUGAACAGAUGGCUUUAGAUGGACUUUUACGAGGGUACUUGGUGGCGGAAGUAUCUGGUGGACAUAUUUUUGAGCUGAUUCUGCGCAACCCGUUCUUUGAUAUUCAGCCUAACUCGCUUUACUUCCGGGUCUUAGAGAAGGCUAUGGCAGAAGCAGAUGCCAAUAUAGCUUUACUUUGUAUUGCUGUGAUUAAGAACAUUUCAAUUGCGCGGUGUAAAGAGAUAUUUUGUCAGUGCUCUUCAGUUGCACAAUCAUUUUUCUUAUCUGGAUUGUUAGAUAAUCCUUUGAUAAGUGUGGCUGAUAAGUUGUUUUUCUUUCUAGGAAUUGCUGCUCCGGUUAGGGAGAUGUUUACUUAUAACAAUGCAGUGAAUUUAUUAGCUAUUUCUCCUAAAGAUACGCACUUAUCUUUCUUUGCCCAUUUUAUCAGGCCGCGACAUUUAAUGGUGCCAAAUACGAUCUAUAACUUUGAUAAGAAGAAGAUAAACUUAUCGGAAAGUCAAUUUAUUCGAGCUUCAGAACUGAUCAAAAAGUACUUGAAAACUCCCCAAAGAAUGUACUUAUCUCUUCUUAAUUGUCACAAUCCGCUGUAUACACGUAUUCUAGCUGUCUUCCUUUAUAAGAAGGAGUAUGAAGCUGCUUUGGCAAUUAGGCCGUUUGACUGUCGCAUUAUAGCUGAGUACAUUAAACACUUACAUGCCCAAAUAGUCUCUUCUAAGUACGAGAAGAAGAGUUCUUUAGUACUAAGUUAUGAGCUGUGCAAGAAAGUCGCUAAUCUAUUCAUUCUUGGUAUGUACAAUAGUCAGCAGCUGGAAAGUGUUGAGUUACUAGGAUCGGUACUGAAUGAAGGUUUAUCUGUGCUCUUGUCUUUAGAACUUCCAUUGAAGAAGAAGGACUACAAACAGUUUAAGGAGAUUCCUAACCCUAAACCGACCUUUUUACUGAUGAGGAAGGCACUUAGUGCUCUUCGGGCCCAAUGUCAUAUCUAUCCGCCUUAUAUUUUGGAAAGUGCUUACCAGGCCUAUGCUCGUAAGACUAAUCAACUAGUUGUUUAUCCUAACUCGGGCUUUUCGGCCAAUCUUGUAUCUCUAUCUAAUCCACCGACUACUAAGUCUGAGAAGAAGCGGCGUAAUAGUUUACUGAACUAUUCUAGCACGAACUAUACUUGGUUUCUUCGUUAUGAUUUAUGGCGGAUUUUGUCUUUUAAUGGACCUCUCACUGAUGUCUGUGUUAAUGUUAUUUACUAUUGUAUGCGACAGCUAUCUUCCCUAUCUUUGGUGGAGUUUGAUUAUUUAGUGCAACUUCGUUUACAGCGUUUAGGCGAUCAGUUUUGGCAAGUCAUUCUUAUGGAUACUGAUUCGAAAAGCGUGCAAACUAAGAUCUUGCAACAGACGAGUGUUGAGCAGAUCUAUGCUCAAUAUGUGGAGUAUCUAGUGAAUUUAGAGGAGGACGUAUCAUUCUUUUUGUUCCAUAUUCUUAAGACGUAUCAAGAUCUGUCCAAAGACCAAGUUGAAGAUAUUAUUGAUAAGAUGUUUUUUGAUAGUUCUGGGAAGAUUAUUUGUGGGUUUACUUGCUGGAUUCCAAAUCUCUCUGUAACUCGGCGCCGAGAAUACUUUGACUAUUUAUUUGCGCAUCUAACUCAACACAACCCCAAACUGCUCAAAGAAAUCAAAGGUGAGCUAAGAAAACAAGGCUUCGUUAUCGAAUGA